AUUGUAUCACAGAGGCUCUUAUGCGAAUGAAAGUCAAAGUUACAGCCUUCCUAAACGGGGAGGAGGAUUACAGGAAAGUCUCUGAUCUAAGACUUAUCACACUGCGUCCAGCCUCCGGGCGCACUCCACUCUCUGCUGUGCGCUGCUCGGGGCAGGGAAUGGACAAUAAAGUAAGCGAAAGGAUGAGCACUGAUGGUGCCUCGAUGGCGGAUUUCACUGAAACAAGAGUAAGUGACUUGAUUGAAGCGGUGUAUAUUAACAAUAAAUUAUCUAACGACUCACAGUCUCUAACUUGCGUGCCCUCCGCCGUGCGUAAUUUUGGAAACGUUGGCACACUGAUCCACGGUGUAAACUCGACAGGCGAAGACACCGUUUUCAAAGACUGCAUCGUACUCGAUGGCUCUCUCGCUGGGAAGCAUUUUUAUGACCGCAGCAGUGACUAUCUGAAGUGUGACAGUGUGCCGUGGGGAGAUUUGAUACAUGUUCAGAGGACGAGUGUGACCACAACCGAAAGUUUGCCAUACGCAAGUCUCCCGUCGACAACUGCAGUGUGUAAGUUCAUCAAAGACGAGCAGGAGCCUUCUGUGAUUAUGGGGACCCCGACCCCCUCUCCAAACUUCGACGCAUCCGCGGAGAUACCCGUUCUGGACUCCAGCUUCACGCCUGGGACCGUGGGUCCCCGACCGGGGCUGGAGCAGGGAUCUCCAAACUUUUUGAUCGACCUGAACCAGCCGGAGCAGCUCCCAGCGCCGGGCCAGGGGAGAAGCGACUCCAGGUGCAGUUUGCCAGGGAAGGCUGGCAUGCAAUUCGAUGCCAACACGAACACAUCCACGCAACUGACGACGUUCAAGAGCGAGGUUCCCCGUUGGCAGAUGCAGGCGUCCCCUCCUGAGCCUCAGUACUGGUGCCAGUCCGCAGCGUUUGCCGAGGAGCCGUCCACACGCGGCAGCUAUGAUGGGAUCCAGAGCCAGGCCCUGAUUCAGAGGAACGCCUCACCUUACUCCACUUUCCCCGGUAUGCCGCCUCAGAGGAUGUGCAUGAUCUGUGGUGAUGAGGCCUCGGGUUGCCACUAUGGAGUGUUAACCUGCGGGAGCUGUAAAGUCUUUUUUAAAAGAGCAGUCGAAGGUAAGCAAGGCCAUCACAGUUAUCUCUGCGCUGGGCGGAACGACUGCAUUGUGGACAAGAUCCGGAGAAAAAACUGCCCUGCCUGUCGCCUUCGGAAGUGUUAUCAAGCUGGAAUGAUGCUUGGAGGUAGGAAGCUGAAGCGCUUCGGGGCCCUGAAGGCCUUGGGUUUGCCCCCCUCCCUGAUGUACCAGUCUCACUUGGCCGUGUCCAGCGACAAUCAGGCCUUGACCUCCAUGUCCUGCAUGCCGGGCAUCCGCGAGGUGCAUCUCUCCCAACACAUCCUCAAUGUCCUGGAAAACAUCGAGCCGGAGGUCAUGUACUCCGGUUACGACAACUCCCAGACCGAUGUUCCCCAUCUCCUGCUCAACAGCCUCAACAGGCUGUGCGAGAAACAGCUGCUGUGGAUCGUCAAGUGGUCCAAGUCUCUGCCAGGGUUUCGUAAUCUCCACAUCAACGAUCAGAUGACCCUCAUCCAGUACUCGUGGAUGAACCUGAUGGUGUUCUCUCUCGGGUGGCGCUCCUUCCAGAAUGUCACCAGUGAAUAUUUAUACUUUGCACCUGAUCUGGUUCUCAGUCAGGAGCAAAUGAGGAGAUCUCCGAUUUAUGACCUCUGCCUGGCGAUACAGUUCAUCCCGCAGGAGUUUGCCAAUCUCCAAGUCACCCGCGAGGAGUUUCUCUGCAUGAAAGCGAUCAUUUUACUCAACACAGUGCCGCUUGAGGGACUAAAAAGUCAGGCAGCGUUUGAAGAGAUGAGACAGUCCUACGUCCGGGAGCUGACCAAGGCGAUCCACAUGAGGGAGAAGGGCCUGGUGGCCAGCUCACAGCGAUUCUACCACCUCACCAAGCUGAUGGACGCUAUGCACGACAUAGUGAAGAAGGUCAACCUGUUCUGUCUGAGCACCUUCAUCCAAGCAGACGCCAUGAGAGUGGAGUUUCCAGAGAUGAUGUCAGAGGUCAUUGCCUCCCAGCUCCCCAAGGUCCUGGCAGGCAUGGUGAGGCCGCUCUUAUUCCACUCCAAGUGAUGACACCAGCACUGACAUCACAACUCUGUGGAGACAUCUCGUUACCGGAUAAGCGCCCUUUCAAUUUACUGGAUUCUUCAUAGCUUACACCACUGUAGUCCGUCAUGUAUACUUUGCCAGUCUGCCUCUCAUGGUCUUUAGCCACUUACUUUUUGGGAUCAAAAACAUACACUCUUUGUUUUCAAAGAACAGAACUAUGUUUAUUUUAUGAAUUUAGAAGUAUUAAUCUAUAAAGCUCCUCUGUGAAAUGCUGGUGUAGCCACCUGUUCCCAUCCUAAAACCUUUGUACAGAUGGUACUUAUAAGCUGAUAUACAGGAGGUUUGAAGAACCUGCAGAGAUACAGAUAUUUUUGUACUGAAGCUGCAAACAGAGAUUCAGAUAAUCAAUGUUUCCGACCAAUAUUUUAUUCCUACACCAGUGAGACUGAAAGCUGACGUUAAAUUUUUCACAUUUGUUAAAUGUUAGCAUUAGAGUGACUCACUGCCCAGAGUUCAGGGAGGAGAAGCUGGCAAACUGACCGGCUUUAUCAAACACAGAUAAACUUACUGUGUGCCUGAAUUUCACAUACGGUAUAACCCAGUGCAUGACUCUGCCUAGAUGGCUUAAUGGUCUUCAUGUCUUGUUUUGAUAAAACAUUUAGCCGUAUUGAAAUUCACACAACAAUGGACCUUAAUGUGAUGCCUGUAACAGAUCUGAGAGAAAAAAAGGGACAAAACAAAAUACCUGAAUUAUAAUGUCUGGUUCAGUGUACAUAUUUAUAACUUAUUAAACCACUUCUCACGGCCAUUUUUCUAAACAGAUAGGAAAGAAAGGAAGCAGCUACUGUCUCUGCAGCUGCAUAGUUAACACAGACAGAAAGAAAACACUCUAAUGGAAACUACUUUCCAUAAAGCUAAGGAUAGAAAGAAACAAAUGUCAUACUAGAAGAACCCGAGAGUUCCACCGGUUCUACUUUUUGAAUUUCUUGCUGCAGCGUGCAGAAAGCUAAACGUAUUGUCACAAAGCAUUCAGAGCACAGGUCUUCGAAAUCACGCUGUUUAUUAAUAGACAUAGAAUAUGUUUUUUCAAGACACAGAAAGCGACUGCAAGGAAACAAGCUUGCAAUUACACAAGAGGAUGUCAAAUGUUACAUAUUCAGGAUAUGGAUAUCAUUUCCGUGAUAAUGCUCUUAGUGUAAGGGAGUUUUUUUUUUCUUCCAGCAUCGACGGUCAAGGCCGGCUCACAUUCUUAAAAAUGUAAAAAGGGAAAGAAUAACCUGAUCUUGGCAAGAGAGACAUGUGAAAUAAUCUGUAAAUACCGUUUACUAUCAACAGAGACAGUUUUACUUUGAUGUAACUUUUCAGAUUGUAAGAAGUGAAAAGCAGAAGGGGGGGUCAUUAUCUUUUAUCUUUGGCUUUCUGAACUGGUAUCACUGAAGUGAACGUUUGAGAUGGAUAUGGACUAGUUUGUACUUUAGAAAUGUUGUUACAGUAACAGAAAAGUAAAUGAUGAAACGUCCAUCUCUUACAUGAUAUGAUCUGAUACAUAGCAGUGUACCAGUAAACACAGAAGCACAACAGGCGCUCGAGGUGAACUCCACCUCAAACGAAGCAUUCAUGGCAUUAUAUAAAAAAAAAAACACAUUUAUAUAUUCACACAGCAUACAUUUAUCUAAUGUGAUCAUUUAGUACAGUAACUACCAGUUACAAGAAGUCCAUAUGUUGGAUUAGAAACUAGACAGGAAGUCAGGAGCAGGAGUGGACAGUACCGUGUAGCGUGUAGCUAAAGAGAAAGUGCACUGCAGAGGUGAGCAGGUUCAGUGGAUGAACAAUGUUCACAUGAACAUGGAAGUUAAGGUGCAAACCAUUAUGCUUUUUUUUUAUUAGAUUCUAAUAGACUAUAAUCUAUCCUUAUUUAUAAUCACAGCUUGAUAAAUUACAGUUAAUACGACAUGUUUAUGAAGCUACAGAUUUCCAUUAACAACUCCAUGAAAGUGUUACGUUGAUAGAAUGGAAAGUGAAAAAAGGUAAUAUAUUUCUGACAAUAAACCUUGUGAAACGGGA